AUGAAGAAGCAGUCGGUGGUGUUUGUGCUCAUCGACGGGCUGGCCGACGUGUCGCUCCUGGAACUCGACCAGAAUACACCACUCGAGGCGGCACAAACGCCAGCGAUGGAUGCCAUUGCCCGUGGCGGCCUCACGGGUCUCAUGGAUCCGGUAGAACCUGGCUAUGCCUGUGGUAGCGACACGGCGCACAUGUCGAUUCUGGGCUACAAUCCUAUCAUUCACUAUCGCGGCCGUGGGUCGUUUGAGGCCAUGGGAGCAGGAAUACCAAUGAAGAGAGGCGACGUUGCGUUCAAGUGCAAUUUUGCCACUGUAAAGAAGAACGACAAUGGCCAAUUGGUCGUCGAGCGGCGCCGCGUCGACCGCGACUUUUCGUCGUGGGGGACGGACCUUUGCAGCUUUCUCGAUGGUUUGACUCUUCCGGAGUUUCCUGAUCUCGUCGUGACAACGAAACAUGCUACAGAACACCGCUGCGGCGUUGUUUUCCAAGGCCCGGGACUUUGUGACAAAAUCACUGGCACGGACCCGCUGAAAGACAACCUUCCCCUUGUAACGUCUGAACCGACCAACGACACCCCGGAAGCCGCGUAUUCUAGCAAGGUGCUGAACGCGGUCUCUGAUGCUAUUCACAAGCUACUGUCGGAGCAUCCGAUCAACAAGGCACGCGAAGCUCAAAAUAAGCCACCGGCGAAUGUGGUGUUGCUACGCGGUCCGGGCGAACGGAUCGACGUUCCAUCGUUCGCUGAUAAGCACGGACUCACUCCUUUUAUGAUCGCCCCGACGUGUAUCAUUGCUGGCCUCGGCAUGUCGUUGGAAUUUGAGAUAGCUAUUGCUCCUGGUGCAACGGGAGAUUAUCACACCAACUUGCGCUCCAAGGCAGAGACGGCACUGAAACUGCUACGAAGUAACGAGUACGACUUUGGCUUUGUCCACGUCAAGGCGGUCGACGAUGCUGGCCACGACCGUGAUGUGGAGAAGAAAGUGCACUUCAUCGAGCGUGCAGAUGAAAUGAUCGCUAUGCUCCUAGAAGGCAUCCACGAGACGUGUGAAGAUGCGGACAACGAUGUGACUAUCGUCGUCACAGGUGACCACACAACACCUGUGAAGUACGGAGACCAUACGUUUGAGCCCGUGCCGCUCGCUAUCGCACGUGCCGGGUUCGCGUACGAGAAGCUGCAGCACUAUAAAAAAGCUGGUGAGACGAAGCAGCAGCAGACCAGCCACGACAUUGGUCCACGCAGUCCAUUGACGGAUGAAGUGGCGCGAUUCUCGGAACUGGCUACAGCCCGCGGUGCCCUCGGUCGUUUUGCUGGCGACCAGGUCAUGAAGCUUGUCAAGAGCUUUCGCGAAUACGAGCUAUAA